UGGUGACGUUAUUAUGUCGUAGUUUUCUUGUUUAUCAAAUGUAUCAAGUCGUCUGUUUGACAACAAACAACGUCAACCUCCUCACUUUUUUAUGUAGCUGUGGGGUGUGAUAUUCACUAUGACGAGGAUUUGUGUUUGACAGUUGACAACUCGGUGACAUAUACUUAUUACCAUACCAUAUAAAAAGCUGGUUGAAACCAACCUUUAUUCGCAAAUAGAUAAGUUACCGUUGAGACACACAAAGACAACACUCAACAACUAAAAGCAAGAGCCUCGAUAAAAACCCAGAUAAAACAAUGAGCUUCACUUCACCAUCAGUCAUUUUCAAAAUUUGUCAAAUUGUUGCACUUGUCGCUGGUUUGGGAUGUGUUGGUUACUUCACAAAAGAAGUCGUUGAUUAUUAUGACGAUUUUAAUUCAGAAGCAUAUAAACAAGGCGUUCUUGGUAGACAGGAAUUUUUUCUUUAUACGACCUGCGUUGGAGCUAUUAUUUCAAUCGUUGGAUUGGUUCUCAACUUUAAUGGAUUAAUGAAUAAAAAGCACAAUGCUGUAGCUAUGGCAGCAGUGCAAGGUGUAUGGACGAUACAGUUAUUGGUCACCACCUGCCUAAUUACCGUUAUCUUCUCUUCGUACAACAAGGAUAAAGGAGGCGAGUCUGCAUGUGAAGUUUGGGAUGACGCAGGCAGGAAAUAUGAUUACACCUGUGGUCAAUUGAUUGGUGGAAUGGUCUCUGGUUUUAUUGCCGCCAUAUUGUAUGGAGUGGAUGCUAUAUUCACUUUCAAAACUUCUACGGAACAGAGUUAACAUGGAAGCAAAUUUAUCGCAUUUAGUCCUCAACCAACAAACAAAAAUUAAUAUUUUUGUGUCAUUUAGGUUAUUGUAACAUUUUCAUGUAAAGUAACUGUUACAUCAUUAAGCAUGCAUUUGAAUAAAAAUAAGAAUUUUCGUCCUUGCUGUUGAUUAA